AUGAGUUCCGAUAAAAAAGUAGUUCUUGUGACUGGUGCUAGCUCAGGAAUAGGUGCUGCAAUUGCUAUAAAUUUUAGUGAAAAAGGUGACAAAGUUGUUUUAGUAGGUAGAAAUGAAAGAAAGCUGCACAGUGUUUCCCAACGAUGUAAAGAAAUUGGAGGCGAUACCCUAAUUAUAAUUGCCGAUCUUACUAUCGAUGCAGACAUUAAAAGGGUAUUAAAUAUGUUAAUUGAACACUUCGGAAGAUUGGAUGUAUUAAUAAAUAAUGCUGGAAUAGCCGGUUCAGAGAGUAUCCUUUCCAAUAAUGCUAUGAAAGUAUUUGAUGAAAUAAUGGCAAUCAAUCUUCGUGCAGCUGUAUAUGUCACACACCUAGCUGCACCAUAUUUGAUUAAAACAAAGGGUAAUAUUAUUAAUAUAUCAAGCAUAGGAUCUUCGUCUAUCUGUUUUCGAAUUAACUCUCAGUAUUGCGCAUCUAAAGCCGGUCUAGACCAAUUUACAAAGUGCGUUGCUCUUUAG